AACCUACUCUUCCAGUACUGCAGUGGCGGCAGCAGCAACAACAACACUUCGGGGGGCAGUGGAAGUGGAUCGGGAUCGGGUUCAGGAUCGGGUUCGGGAUCGGGAUCGGGAUCUGGGAGCAAUAGUUCCCCACAACUGGAGCCACAUAACCAUCAUCAUCAUCAGCAGCAGCAACAGCAGCACCAGAAUCAUCAUCACCAUCAACAGGAUCACAACCUGGAUCACUCCUUUGGUUAAGUGGGUGCCAGAGCAUCCCAUAGAUACAUAUCCACACCACUAUAGAUACACACCCCCCCCCACACUCUGCUGCUUUCUCAGAACUUAUGCAAAGACAAGGCCCCAAGAUAAAGUUCCUUCGAGAUCAUAUUUAGUGGAGGGAAUACUGUUAAAGGGAAUAAAGUCAGUUCCUUUAUAUGUUGAGAUUACAUACGAAAUUCUUAAAGGUCCCAAAAGAUCGAAAAGAUUCUUCUUGACUCCUAUAAAUGCAUAAUGAUUUAUACAAAUUUACCUUAUAUCACAGAUGUUUUUUUUUUUUAAUAUUUAUAUCAUCAAAAAAGGCCAUGCGAUUGUUAGAUUAAUUAAAAUUCAUUUAGAUGCAUAGAAGCCAUUAAGAUUCAAAUAGAGUUUAUUAACUGAAAUUAAAAUACCACAAACUGGAACGUUGGCAAGCUUGAAAAUGAUAAAGUUCAGUGAAGUGCUCAACGAAAAAGUGAACGUUUUUAAGAAAUUUGGAUAGAUUUCAGAUAGAUUUUUAUAGAUUCAAGAAGAAUUUUUGUAAUACCACAAAUUUGAGACAUUUUCUAGCAAUGACAUUUAUUAUUUAGCAGUGCUCAGAUCCACCAAACAUGAUCGAGAAAGGAAAACGCCGCAGGGCAAAGUUAUAUAUUUUUUUUUUUGUAGUUAACAACAAUUUUUUUUUACAUAUAUACAUAGUAAACCCCUAAACUAGAAGCGUGUGUAAAAAGUGGAGAUCGAAUAAAAUGAGUUACAAGUUUAUACAACCCAAGACAUAAACGUAAAUCUAUAACUAAACAUAGGUAUUAUAGACCUAGCUUAAGCCGCCAGGAUCAACGAAGAAAAUGAGUGAUAAAUCGAGGAAAAACCCAUGGCAUAAAUUGUUAAAAUCCAAGGAGUAAUAUGCAUGCGAAGGGUUCGAAAAGAAGGGCGUAAUUUGUAAGUCGGAUGGAGAGUUUUUAAAUGCAAUACGUAGACCAUUCCAUGGUACAGCCAGGGGGUUGGGGGUCCCCAAAAAAAAAACAAUGAAAGGGGGGCUUGGGGAUCCCCUGGAAAUCCAGAGCUGCACCAAAAUCACCAGCGUGGUGGCUUGGACCAGCUCAGCAUAUCAUAAAGCUAAAACUUAAUUCCAAUUUCAAGUUCUUUAAACCAAACUAAGACAUAACAUUACUAAAACGAGAAAAGCAAAAAAAGAAGUUUAAAGUUCAAAUCAUCAUUUUGUCGUCUUUAUAUAACAAACAAAAAACAAAAAAAAAACAAGAAUAUUUAUACAUAACAUAUAAAUGAUAUAUAGAGAAUACAAACCCCAAAUCAGCUAAAACGAAUUAACAUUUCAGACUUAAAAAGCAUAUAAUAAUGUAAAAACGGAGGCCCAACUAAGGGAAUCCGCGGAAAAGGCAAAAGUAUUUAGCAACUAAGCGACUCGAAAUGAUAAAAACAAAUGAUGAAAACUCCACACAUGACGAUUGAUUGAUAUAUAUUAUAUAUAGGAAAUUUUAUUGCAAAUAAAAAACAAGCCACAAUCCAAAAGCGAAACAAAAAACGA